AUGCCGUGCAAGGCGCUCGCCGUCUGCCUCCUGGCACUCCUGGCUCUCUCCUCGGCCUGCUACAUCCAGAACUGCCCCAUCGGGGGCAAACGCGCCGUCCUGGACAUGGACAUCCGAAAGUGCCUGCCCUGCGGCCCCAGGAACAAGGGCCACUGCUUCGGUCCCAACAUCUGCUGCGGAGAGGAGCUGGGCUGCUACCUGGGCACCCCCGAGACCCUGCGCUGCCAGGAGGAGAACUUCUUGCCGACCCCCUGCGAGUCCGGCCAGAAACCGUGCGGCAGCAGCGGCGGGAGCUGCGCGGCCUCCGGGAUCUGCUGCAGCAACGAGGGCUGUGUGGUUGACUCAUCUUGUGACCAAGAAGUGAUGUUUCCAUAGACCUCCCAAUAUACAGGAGAGAGAAGGCUUCACAGGAUCCG